AUGUUUUUGCGGAAAAGAGGUGGAGUGUUCAAAUUUACAAUCACUGUUCCGCCGGAAUACAACAAUGUACCGCCUGUGGUGAAAUGCUUAACACGUGUCUGGCAUCCAAAUAUAACGGAAGAUGGCGCCAUAUGCUUGUCACUGCUACGACAGAAUAGCCUCGAUGGUUAUGGAUGGAUGCCAACACGUCGGCUGAUUGAUGUAAUACUUGGCCUGGAUAGUCUCUUCACUGAUCUGAUCGAUUUUGACGAUGCUCUAAAUGCCCAAGCCGCUCAACAAUGGUCCACCAAUAAGGUGAGUUUUCGCUUUUUCAAAAUUUUACUUAAAUCAAAGUAA